AUGCUACUAUCAUGGCUGGUGAGCGCAUUGGCAUUUGCAAGCUGUGUCAUUGGAAGCGACUCGUACUCGGAAUCGCUCCAUUUGAAACCGUUACCGAGGAAUAAACUAUUGUCAAGUUUCCGGUUCCAAAGUGAAUCACUACCGUUUGAACCGGUUUACCAUAACGAAUCACAUCAUUCAGGAGAGGUAGAGCAACGCGAGAAGCAAAUGAGUCACUAUUCCUUUUUUCCGAGCUCGUUGGGGCCAAUAAUUGCAUCUACAAACACACGAGAUCUCUCGUUGAGAUUUACACAGGGAUGGUGGGAUGCGAAAUCGUGGGGCAAGUUACCUGGCAAUGGAGCUAAUAGUGGAGGCACCGGUGUCGAAGUAGUCGCGGUAAUUGAGGCUCCCAGUAUCCAAGCAGCCAAGCAGAGCUGGUCCAAGUUGACCAAGAUCCUCUCGGGCUUCUUUUGCGCGUCACUAAACUCAAUUGAAGAAGACACCACGACGUUUCCCCGCUACGCGGUGGAACAGAUGGAUCCUAGAAACUAUAGACCCCAGGUGGGCAAUAAAUUGUACUUGUUGCGAGCCGCCUUACCGAGCGAGCCCGUGUGCACGGAGAAUUUGACUCCCUUUUUGAAACUUUUGCCUACGAGAGGCAAAGCCGGUGUUGCUUCGUUACUAGAUGGCCACAAGGUCUUUGACUCCUUGUGGCAUGGCAUGUCGAUUGAUAUCCAUACUGAAUGCAACAGCAGUGGUGAUGGCACGUGCAAGUGGGAAUUGCACCAGACAGUCAACCAAGUCAUUGAUGUCAUUCGAUCGAUUAGAAAACAUCGCGAAGGAGGCAUCCCUAAACCGGUGCAAGGUGAAAAACUUCGCUGUGAUGCGUCUAAAAAGAACAACAUUUGGCAAUGUUUUCCCUUGGGCGACCCGACCGAACUUCUGUGGAGCUUGGAAACUCUCUACGGCAGAACCAUUAAUGGUCCUGCAUUUGAGGACGAUGAAGGUGUCACUGUGGUGACCAUUGAUGUUGACCGCUCAGCAUGGAACGUUACUUUGAAACGGCUGAGCUCGGACGCAGUCAUGACAAAUGACUUGCACGGGGAUAUCUUUGAGAUUGUGCGUGAACCGUUUAAACACGACUUUAUCUUUUUCACAAACGAUAGCACCAAAGUCGGUGCGGUUGAAAGUCCCCCCUUGUACGUUUCGAGGUCGUUGACUGGUUAUUCGUUGGACAAGGGUGGAUUGAGGGUAGCCUUUACCAACCCAUCUGCCAAAGCAGCUCAAUUGAAAUACUUUGAAUCCGUUCCAUGGUUCAUGAGAUUGUACAUGAGCACGUUGGAGCUUAGUCUCUGGGAUAGUCAAAGCACGCGUGUAGUACACAAUCACAGUGAAAUCAUCAAGAACAACUACUACAGACCCUCGGUAGACAGACAACGGCCCUCGCACUGGGAACUUGACUUGGAAGUACCAGCAAAUCUGACUUUGCGCAUGACCUACGACUUUGACAAGUCUUUGUUAUUUUACCGCGAAUAUCCUCCAGAUGCAAAUCAUGGAUUCGACGUGGAGCCCGCGGUGAUUUUGGUGAAGGACGACAGCGGAAACAUUGUUUACGAUUUCAGAACCACGAGUUUGUUGCUUACACUCCCCACCCCGGAUUUCUCCAUGCCUUACAACGUCAUCAUCUUGACCUGUACUGUGCUAUCACUCGCAUUUGGUAUUGUGUUUAACUUGCUCACAAAGAAAACAGUCACCGAAGAAGAGUUUGAGCGGGUCCUGCAAAAUACAAAGUUUGCCAAGUUCAAAGCUUUCAUUCAGUCGAAGUUGGUACGUAAAAGCAAAGUUGAUUAA